UCGCGCAUCAGCUGCGAACACAGAGCACAGUUGUCGAUGUGGACUCGGCCCAUACAGUCAUUGGUCUCCGAAGAGGAUCACAGUUGCGCGUUUCUUGAAGAGCUCGAGCUCUAGGAGUGAAAAAGAAGCGGGAGGCGCGAGCUGAGCUUCCGGGUGUUGUUUGGCUAGAGAAAGCGCUCGAGAAUGUCCUUGUAUGACUGGAGCCAAGUCUUUUCCCGUGUUUGGAGCACGGAAUUACUCCCGUUCUGAACUUGUUCCUGGUUCGUUUUCUGGAUAAUUUUCUGGAUACUUUUGUGUGCAGAGAGGAUUGUUUUAUAUUAGAAAUAGAACGGAAAGCUUUAUUUUUCAAACAAGUCACUUUUACGCAGAGAUGUCUUCUCGCCACGCUGUGGUUUUGUGAUCGCCCACCAGAGCGUCGAGAGCUCUUCACCGGGACCGGGUCUCACACAGUGGGUCACCAUGGCAACGGGAGUGGCGGCGUGGUUACCCUUCGCCCGGGCGGCUGCUAUAGGAUGGAUGCCGGUAGCCAGUGCGCCCAUGCCGACGCCUCCACCUGACAACCGGCGGAGGCAGGACGGGCUCAUCUUGCUCAAUGUCAGCGGACAGAAGUUCCAGACGUGGCGGAAUACAUUAGAGCGGUACCCGGACACUUUACUGGGCAGCACGGAGCGGGAAUUUUUCUUCCACGAGGAGACAAACGAAUACUUUUUCGACCGUGACCCGGAUAUUUUCAGACACAUUCUGAACUUCUACCGUACCGGUAAGCUGCACUACCCGCGCCAGGAGUGCAUCUCAGCCUACGAUGAGGAGCUGUCCUUCUUUGGGAUCAUACCGGAGAUCAUAGGGGACUGUUGCUAUGAAGAGUACAAGGACCGGCGGCGGGAGAACCAGGAAAGGAUCCAGGAUGACGAGGACAGCGAGAACCAGAACGAUAUGGUCCCGCCGGAUAUGACAUUCCGAGAAACCAUGUGGCGGGCCUUCGAGAACCCCCACACGAGCACCAUGGCCCUGGUGUUUUAUUAUGUCACCGGCUUCUUCAUUGCUGUUUCCGUGAUGGCCAACGUGGUGGAGACGGUCCCGUGCGGGACUUUGCCAAAUCGGGUCAAACAGGUGUCGUGCGGGGAGCGGUACGCCUUGGCAUUUUUCUGUCUGGAUACGGCCUGCGUCAUGAUCUUCACCGUGGAGUACCUACUGCGUCUAAUGGCGGCGCCCAGCCGCUGGAACUUCAUCAAGAGCGUGAUGAGCGUCAUCGAUGUGGUGGCCAUUAUGCCCUAUUACAUCGGCCUGGUCAUGACGGACAAUGAGGACGUCAGCGGGGCCUUCGUCACCCUGAGGGUCUUCCGCGUUUUCAGGAUUUUCAAAUUCUCCCGCCACUCUGCGGGGCUGCGCAUCCUGGGCUACACGCUGAAGAGCUGCGCCUCGGAGCUGGGGUUCCUGCUCUUCUCCCUCACCAUGGCCAUCAUCAUCUUCGCCACUGUCAUGUUCUAUGCUGAGAAGGGCUCCUCAGCCAGCAAGUUCACCAGCAUCCCAGCAGCCUUCUGGUACACCAUCGUCACCAUGACAACUCUGGGAUAUGGAGACAUGGUUCCUAAGACCAUUGUAGGGAAGAUCGUUGGAUCUGUCUGUUCCCUGAGCGGUGUGUUGGUCAUCGCUCUGCCUGUGCCCGUCAUCGUGUCCAACUUCAGCCGCAUUUACCACCAGAGCCAGCGGGCAGACAAGAGACGCGCCCAAAAGGCAUCAAAGGCAGCAGGCCAGGCGCUGGUGUGCAAAGCCAACCCCAUGUUCGAUACGCACCACAAUCACCUAUUGCACUGCCUGGAAAAGACCACGAAUCAUGAGUUUGUGGAUGAGCAAACGUUUGAGACCAGCCUACUGGAGGUUUCCAUGGCGAAGCACCCGCAUCUCUCCCCCUCCCUCUCUUCUGGCUCCUCCUCCCAAGGCCUGUCGUGCUGCUCGCGACGCAACAAGAGGAAGAGCUUCAACGUGCCCAACUCCAACAUGACUGGAGGGCAUAGGAACAGCAUCCAGGAGCUUAGCACCAUCCACAUCAGAGAGAGACCCAUCACUAACAGUCGCUCCAGUCUAAACGCUAAGUUUGAGGAGACGGUGCCUCUGAACUGCAAGCAACCCUACAUCACGGCGGCCGUCAUCACGCUGCCUAUGCCGCCCGUCACCACGUCCGAGGAAGACGGCUCCGCCUCCUCCCCAGACUACUCCCAGGCCAACAUCGUUAGGGUGUCUGCCCUCUAGGCCCCUUGCCCCACCCCCCACCAUCACCAUCAUGCGUGGACAUGCUAAAGCAGAUUGACUGAUGGGAGAAGAGGAGGUCUUAUAUGAACACACUGAUAUUUGAGUCCAUUCCAUUUUGAUACAAGGGUGAUUUUCUUCUGAAUAUGGGGAUAAAACUGUGAUUAGACUUUUAUUUUGAAGGUCUCUGUUCAUUUGAAGUGCAUGUUGGUUUGCUACAGACAGUAUGACGUUUGUUUUGCUCCUGAUUUGUACCACACAAGCCUCCAUACUUUACCAACAAAUGGGGGUUUGUUAUGGAAAAUGAAAUUCAAAGUGUUAAGAAAACUCCUGUACCAGUCUACCAAACAUGACUGACUGAAAGUGUUUAUUGAGCUGUUGGGGUUUGACGCUCUAUGAUAAUUCUGUCUUGUUGUGACUGAUAGCUCAGCUAUCACCGUAGCCAGAACACUCUCAGCGCUUGGCAGGGAUGGAAUCCUGUAACCAUUCCAAAUCAGUACAACGAAAUCAGUGCAAAUGCAUUGAAUGACACUUUAAUAUCCAGCGAGCUGAUUUAACGAUAUUCUAUUUCUCAGCUGUGAGAUCUCGGGAGGUUUAAUCAAGAACUUGUCGUUUUCCUAAUGACGAUGGAUAUUUUUCUUUACGCUUUUACGUUUUCCAAGAUGGCUGACGUCGGUGAACUGAACGUGGCUCUUGAGACUGCUGAAGCGAAUGCCACACCCCCCUGCUCCAACCCCCGCCCCUUUCCCACCGUCCCGCCCCCAAACCUGUCCACUCCACCAUCACUGCUUGACUAUGAUGUGACAUAUGCAACAAUUUUUUUGUUUGUUCGUAAAGAUAUUCUUUGUAUCAGAGGGAGAGACUGUGGGAGGGAGGCAAUAGGGAAACGCAAAUUCAUAUUUUUUAAAAUAUCAAAUGAUGUUGAUAAAAUUAUAACUGUCUUUUUUUUCAUGUAAAAAGAAAAAAUGAAUUACAACUGUUGCUAGUGCACAUGUGCUGUAAAUUGUUCUUUGGUGUAGUAAAAAUCAUCAUGGUUUAGUCGUUUUUAAAAAUCAUUUACACCGAAGGUUCUAGUGUCUUAUUUUAGUUAGCCUUCUGCUCCACCGCAUUUUAAGAACCAGCUUAAUAUUUUUCUAAAGGGAUUCUUUGAGAAAAUGCAUGCGUUUGCUGGAGAACUUUGAGUUUAGUGUUGCACAAGGACAGGCGUUGUCUCUGUCUGCAUCCCAAAUGGCACCCUAUUCCCUAUAUAGUGCACUACUUUUGACCAGGGCACACAAGGCCAUACGGCUCUGGUCAAAAGUAGUGCACUAUAUAGGGAGUAGGGUAUCAUUUGGGACUCAGCCUCUGUCUUUCAGUUUCCAUGGCUGUGAAAAACUUUUGGGGUGAAGGAGUGUACUUAGGUCUUGUACAUGAGAUUAUGUCAAUUGAGCAAAUUAAAAUGAUAAUUAUAUGACGAUUACUUUUCAUCUGUUACAGCUCGUGUAUUUGAAUUAUUGAAAAGAUAUUAAAAAAAUACAAUUCAAUUGUUUAGUCCGGUGCAGUGUCUAUGAGUAAAUAGAAUAAAUCAU